UAUUUUGCUCUAUUUCCGCAUAAAUGUAGAGAACUUCGUUAUACGGAUUGAGAAGUAGAACAUUUCACUGGGGUAUGCUUUGACUUCCCAGUUCCCUCAAUCAAAGAAGUAAGCAUGAUUUUUAUCAAAAGAGUGAGAUGAAAGGAGGAUUCCCUGCACCAUCAUUUUGGUUUGUCCUCUUCUUUCGGGGGAUGGAGGAGCUGAAAUGUGCUUACUUGUUUGCUGCGUUUCCUGCGCACAAGUACUUACCCCUCACUUUACCCGAGACCCAGUGACGAGGGAGCGUUUAGAAAAGAAGAGAGGGAAGCUAAUACCAGUUGAAAGUAAAAUGCUGGCAUCUUAAUUUUAAGAGAACACAGAAAGCCAAAUGCUUUCAGAAAAGGGUCCCUUCAUGGAGUAAUUUGCCUGGUAUGGCAUCCCAGUUUGUUGUAUAAUUUCAGCCCCGUUACUAUGGUAACCUGCUUUAGUGUCGCAGCGAUUGUUAAUCAGGAUUUGUCGUUAUUCCCCUUUCAUCACGAGGCUCUAUAUCCUUAUGGAUUAAAUCACAGUUCUCAUCGACAAUGGCAUAGAUCAAACAUUAUUGCCAGACAUAAAACCCCGGGUCGCUCCCUGUCAUUUCCCCCAUUACCAGAAGCAGCAAAUGCAAGCUGAAGUCCAACUUUUGCAAGGAAAUCAGGACGCCUUCUGGCUCCUCUGAUAUCUACCCUCAUGACAGAAUUCCAAGCAAGAGGGCCACUUCAUUUCCAAUUACCCUGUGCCCAUGGGAAGGGCGAGCACCAUUUCAUGCCAUUGCAAACCCGACUCUGCCGAUACAAAUCCAGGCAAAAAGUUAUUUUGGUGUGACCUCUAAUUCUUCCUCAAACUUUACGCUUACUCUUAUUCUCGGAGCAGUCUGCUUUUUCUUUCUUUCUCGUCGAUUUUCUAGAUUCUUGUCUGCUGCUUUUCAGUAGGGAGACCUUGUCAAGAAGCGGGGCAGACCAAGACGCCACCCCCAUUGAGGAUGUUCAGCGGGCAUCACAGAGCCCGUGAGGCUCCUGGGGUGGUGGCUUGCUUUUCCCAUCCGUGAAGUCUGGCGAUAGCAAUACCCAGACAGGGACGUGAACAGCCCUACGGCGUAGUGACUGGAUUUAGCAGGGCCAGGUCGCCGCCAUCUUUAGGAAAGUGAGGAUGAAGGAACACAGGAGUGGUGACAUGUCCCGGUGCCACGUUCCAGCCAAACAUCAUGUCAAUGGCAACAGAACAGUCGAACCUUUCCCAGAGGGAACACAGAUGGCUAUAUUUGGAAUGGGCUGUUUCUGGGGAGCUGAAAGGAAAUUCUGGGUCUUGAAAGGAGUAUAUUCAACUCAAGUUGGUUUUGCAGGAGGCUAUACUUCAAAUCCUACUUAUAAAGAAGUCUGCUCAGAAAAAACUGGCCAUGCAGAAGUCGUCCGAGUUGUGUACCAGCCAGAACACAUCAGUUUUGAGGAACUGCUCAAGGUCUUCUGGGAGAAUCACGACCCGACCCAAGGUAUGCGCCAGGGCAACGACCAUGGCACUCAGUACCGCUCGGCCAUCUACCCAACCUCCGCCAAGCAGAUGGAGGCAGCCUUGAGCUCCAAAGAGGACUACCAGAAGGUUCUUUCUGAGCACGGCUUCGGCCCCAUCACUACCGACAUCCGGGAGAGACAGACUUUCUACUACGCAGAAGACUACCACCAGCAGUACCUGAGCAAGAACCCCAACGGCUACUGCGGCCUUGGAGGCACUGGUGUGUCCUGCCCAAUGGGCAUUAAAAAAUAAUUUCUACCCACAUGGUGGGCCCUUGAGGUUCCAGCAAAGUUGCUUUCAACAAAUUGAGCAGUGCUUGUGUGAUUCACAAUCUUGGCGUUUUAGAAUGUACAAAGUACAAAGGAAUUUACAGAGAUCUGGUUUCCUGAAGUAUAAUCUGCAGAGGUGUGAGGGCAAGUUGAUAAAUGUGAUUUAUUUCCUAAUGAGUUAUGAUGGGAGCAGAGCUGUGCAGGUUCCUGUGUCUCAUCUGGGGUCCGAGUGAAGGCAACAGGGAUGCUGUGUUCACCCUUCUUGGUGGAAGCUGAGGUGUGAGCUGGGAGGUUGUUGGAUAGGACGGGGGACCCCAGAAGUCCUUUAUCUGUUCUCUCCUGCCUGCCAGUGCCUUACAGUUGGCAAACAUUCGUAGCCUCUGACUUAUUCACUGAAAUCCGUCGCUUUACCAAACCUAGACAUGCGAAAGAGGCUUUCUGUCCCUUUUCAGCCCUAUUUGUGCAGAGAAGAGAUGUGAGUCCGCCUGAUGAAUUAAUGCUUUCCUCACAGCUAUGAGAAAUAUUUGUUUUAAUAAAAACCUACAGUCCAAUAAUGCAAA